CGUCAGUCAAUGAUUAUCGAUUCAAACCACCGACUCAAAGUUCAACGUAAGAUGACUAAAACAGGAGCAUCAUGUUUCUGAAAGCAUUUUCCUGCAGAGUUUUGGCCUCAUUUCCUCGCCGGAAGCCGCUCUGUGCGCAAUAUGCGGCUCUUGGACAUCCCAAGCGGAACUACUAUAACGCCGAGAAGCCUGGGUGCCCCGGACCCGGCGAGGCGGCUCACGUCCGGGUGGUGGAUCUCCGCAGCGACACGGUGACCAAGCCGGGGCCGGCGAUGCGCCAGGCCAUGGCGCAGGCCGAGGUCGGAGACGAUGUGAAGGGGGAGGACCCGACAGUGAACGAGUUACAGAAACUUGCAGCAGAAAUGUUUGGGAUGGAGGCCUCCCUGUUCGUCCCCUCAGGAACCAUGAGUAAUCUCAUCGCAGUGAUGGUGCACUGCAGGGAGCGCGGCGACGAGAUGAUUGUGGGAGAUCUCUCCCACCUGCACCUCUGCGAGCAAGGAGGAAGCGCUCAGCUGGCCGGCGUCCACGCCGCCACGGUGACCACUCGUCCUGAUGGGACAUUUGACUUGAAGCAGCUGGAGUCCAAGAUUCAGCACGGUUACCCCGACUCCCAUUACCCACACACACGCCUCAUAUGCGUGGAGAACACACACAACAUCCAGGGAGGACGAGUGCUGCCUCUGCCCUUCCUGCAGGAGGUUCGUGCUUUAGCAGAUCACUACGGCUUGUCGGUUCACAUGGAUGGAGCGAGGGUGAUGAACGCCGCCGUGGCCCUCGGCGUGCCGCCGUCCUCCAUACUGCAGCACACACACACAGUCAGCGUCUGCCUCUCCAAGGGUUUGGGCUCACCGGUGGGCACCAUGCUGGCCGGACCUCGGGACUUCAUAUCCAAAGCAGUUCGCUGCCGUAAAGCCUUAGGUGGGGGGAUGCGACAGGCCGGUGUCCUUGCAGCAGCCGGAAAACUGUCUUUGUUGGAGAUGGUAGGGCGGCUUGAGGAAGAUCACCACAAUGCCAAAACCUUUGCUCUGGCUCUGCUCAACUGCGAGCCCUCCCUGUUUGACGUGGACAUGUCGGCUGUGGAGACAAACAUCCUGUGUUUCAGAAUGAAGGAUUGUGCCUUGAGUCCCCAGGACUUCUGUGCCCGCCUGGGUCAGGUCGGGGAGGGGGAAGAGGCGUCCCUGGGGCAGGGAGUCCGGGUUCUCAUGCACCCUCAUUAUGGGAACUCCAUCAGGGCGGUGUGGCAUCUUGGGAUAUCCCCUGAAGACACCCAGCUGGCUAUCAAGAAAAUGCAGUUUGUGGCUGGUCAGCACUUGAACAAUAGAACCUGAGUGUCUGAAUAAUAACACUAACUAUAUAAUAUUAAAGGAGUUAACUUGGCAAGGACUCAUAUGUGCUAAAAAGUACAACUGGAACUUAUUUUUCAAUAAAUUUGAUCUUCACCCUUUUUUCUUUUUUUGACUUUGAAAUAUUAAGUUACGCAAAUAUUUUCAGUAUGACUAAUAAAACAUUUAUACAUAUGUAUGUAUAAGAUUUGUUCACUUAAAGAGGAGGAUUUGCUGGAAUAAUUUUCUUUAAACUAAAUCAGCUUAAUAGAAAUAAAAUAGAAAUUGCUUUAUAAUUCAUUCCAGAGUUUGUUUGUUUUUUUACUUUGUUGACAUGUGAGCACCAGAUACUCAAAACACAGCCACUUGCAUUUUGUAGGUUUUAAUAUAUAAAUAUCAUAUAAAUAGUAGCAUUAACAACUAACUUUGGGUUUAUCUAACUAAAGUAUAUUCCUCCACUUUGUUGCUUUCUUUGUGAAGGUCAGACUUGGGGAGUGCUGUGCCUCUUAUCAUCCCUCUUCAGAGGUUUUUGAAGACAAUUGAUUGAACUGGAUUUUAUUAAGAGUAUUAUACUGUACUAAAGGGACUGAAUAUAUCCACUUUGCAAGACAUUUAAAAGAAAAAUAACUUGUAUAAUAACUUCCUUUUAUUUUACAAUUUUUCCUUUGGAGUGAUUGUGCAAGGCACUGGAUGAUUACAAAAUAGCAUAUUCAAACAAAAACUAUUCAGUAUCUGAAUGAUUUGUGCCAAAGUUGAAUCACUACCUAUGUGGAUAUACUGUAUGUGUUUUGAUUGUUGAUUCUAUGUUGCAUCGUGUUUCUGUGUUUGAUAUGAUGUAAAGCACUUU